GGCGGCGUGGCGCUGGGCCCCGCUCCCGCCCUCACGGCUUCUCCCCGCGGGCCGGGCGGGCGGCGGCAGAGGCGGCGGCGCCAUGGGCUGCUUCUUCUCCCGCCGCAGAAAGCCGGCGCAGGGCGAGCAGCAGGCGGCAUCGGCGGGGGGAAGCGGCAAAGACGCGGCGGCCAGCGAGGAGAAGGCGCCGCAGUACAGCUGGGACCAGCGAGCCAAGAUUGACCCCAAAGAUUACACUUUUUCCGGACUUAAAGACGAAACUGUGGGUCGAUUGCCUGGCAAAGUAGCAGGGCAACAAUUCAUCAUUCAAGACUGUGAGAACUGUAAUAUCUACAUAUUUGACCAUUCUGCUACAAUCACAAUUGAUGACUGUGUAAACUGCAGAAUCUUUUUAGGACCAAUAAAAGGCAGCGUGUUUUUCCGUGACUGCAAAGACUGCAAGUGCAUAGUGGCCUGCCAACAGUUUCGCACUCGGGACUGCAAGAAACUGGAGGUUUUCUUGUGCUGUGCCACCCAGCCCAUUAUCGAGUCCUCCACGGGUAUGAAAUUCGGAUGUUUCCAGUACUACUAUCCUGAGCUUGCUUUGCAGUUUAAAGAUGCUGGGCUGAGUAUCUUCAAUAACACAUGGAGCAACAUCCAUGACUUUACCCCUGUGUCAGGAGAAAACAACUGGGGCCUUUUGCCUGAGAAUGCUGUAGUCCAAGAUUAUGUUCCUCUGCCCAGCUCCGAGGAGCUGAAAGCUGUCAGAAUUUCUACUGAUGCUACAAGGAGCAUAAUACCAGUAACUCGAGGGUGGAGACAGAAAAGCAGUGAUGAAUCGUGUUUGGCUGUGUUUUUUGCUGGUGACUACACAACUGCAAAUGCCAGGAAGUUAAUUGAUGAGAUGACUGGCAAAGGCUUUCAGCUGGUACAGACUAAAGAAGUCCUAAUGAAGGCAGAGGAUGCUCGUAGAGUUUUCCAGCAGUGUGCAUCAGAAUUCAUUCCACUGCUUGAAAAAGGUCCAGUGGUUGCUUUGGAGUUCAACGGAGAUGGUGCUGUGGAAGGAUGUCAAAGCAUUGUAAAUGAGGUUUUUAGUGGGACAAAGGUUUUUGUAUCAGAGAGCAAGGCAUCAGCAUCUCAAGAUGUAGACAAUUUCUACAACUUUGCUGACAUGCAGAUGGGAAUGUGAAGUUCAACAUGAAGGUGUUCACCUACGGUUUGAUUUGACACUUGGAUGUCAAUUGGCUUGAAUGCUGCAUUGAAUAUCCGAGAAGUUUUGUCACUUGGUUUUGUAUUUCUCAUAUAUCCUUUUUAUAAAGCUAUUGGUGUUUUUAAUACUGGAAUUCCUGAACUGUAAUUAAUGGCAUAGCUCCCCAUGUGCUUUGUGUUUGAAACUUAAAUUUCAAUUCCAGAAACAAUGGAGGUUUUCUACUAACAUUUUUCUGUGAUUUUUUUAACUUCUGUUGACACUUGAAUGGUUUUUAUCAACAUCAAACAAUAAGGUGUAUUUGAAAAGUCCAAUGCUGAUCCAAAUUUGAUGCAGUGGUAAUUGUUAUGUUUAACUUGGACACAUCAUUUAGGAAGUCCAUUUAUGUGAAACUUGCUGUUCAAAACUUUUCCACCUGCAAAAUGGUCUUCACUGGGGGCCAAGGAGGAAGCUGUAGUUCUUGACUUUUUCUGAAGGCCUCGGUUGAAAUGAAUUCUUGUUCAAGUGUGCUUUCAGAAGCAGUGCAUGACUGAUAAAAUGUACAUCUGGCAAACUCUGCUUCAUCAUCUUUUUCUGAAUAAAGUUGUUAGCAGCAGCAUUUAUGCUGUAAGUUGUUGUAACAGCAUUCUGCUAAGUGAGGUGAAUUGGGAACUCUUGCUGAAGAUGCUGCCUCUGAUAUUCCCAAGUCAUGUAUAUGAUAUCCAUGAGGUUCCCUUGGACUCAAAGCAGUCAGUCUCUGGCACCUCUGUUUGCUAGAAGGGACAGAGAGCAGCCAGGAGCCAGAGGAUGGCUCUGAUGGCAUGAAAAAAACUCUUCCUCCCUAGAACCCAGGAGAAGAUUUUUUCACUUGGUAGCAGUACUGAAAAAUUGUCUGUAAAGUACUACAUACUGCUGGAGGGUUUAUUUUGGACUAAUUCUAAAAACAGACUGGAGAAGUGCUACUAGCAUAUUGGGAGAUGCAUUUGAAUAGAGAUAGCUAAAGAUUGUUACUGCUAUAUAGUGCAUAUUAGAAUGCAGAUCUAUACAGAUGUUAAAUACAUAAUUGAUUUGCUUUUGCAUAUUGCAUUCUCACUGACUCUUCUACAUGAAGUCACAGCUUAUGUCCAGGUUUACAAAUAUCUGUUAUAUUUGAACAGAUAGUGCAUGCUGAUGCACAAAACCAAAUUUCCUAAUGAAGACUGUGGCUUGCCAGUUUAUAUAGCCUUUGUAAUCCAUUGAGUGGACUGGGGCUGUGUUGAGGUGCUAAAGCAAUAAUUUCCUCAUUAUGAUUAUCUGUCAAAAGGGGAGAUCUUGUACAUCUUAAAUGAAAAUUAAUCUCAGUUAAUCAGUUUCACAGCUCUGGAGCUUCAAAAUAGGUAGCUAAAAGCACAUCUCUUUCUAAUUUUUUAGAAUUAGCACAUGAAAGAAUUUGUUCUCCUGAAAUUUCUAAUUCUGUGAUGCCCAAGAGAUGUUCUGAGCUGUCAUUUUGUUGCUACUAGGCAAAUGCUUGCCCUUGAUUUAAACAAUAUAUCGAGAUUAUGUCUUUAAGACCUCUUCUUAAAAUUACGCAUAGAUUAAAUAAGGAAGAAUAUCUCCUGAAGUCACUAAACCAUUGGUGUACUGAAGGUAAGAAAAUUGUCACUUUAGUGACAUGUUUUGAUUUGAGAAAAUGAAAUAAAAUCUAACUGCACCAGAAUCUGACUGGUGGCAGGAAUUACCGCUUACUUGCACUUAGCCACAGUUUUUUCAUAUGUGCAAGGAGAGGCCUUGAAAACAGCUAAAAAUCUUAGAUAAGUCUCCAAAGUAAUAGCACAACUCAUUAAUGGAACAUUUGCAGGAAUUAUUCUACACAUGUACAGUUAAUGUAUUUUACUGAUAUGGACAGUACAUUAAAUUUGUGUAAUGUACUUCAGAAGUCUCACUGAAAUUUAUCUAAGCAGUACAUAUAAUGGACCAUCCUGGUCUCUAAACUUGUAUGUACAGUAUGCUGACACGUGAUUAUAUGUAUGUUUAUAGUUGUUUUGGCUUUUUUUUUUUUUUGUUAUCAACCUGCUCUGGAAGCAAAAUGCUAAAUUGAUUUUUGUGAUACUUGUGUAAAUGUGGUUCUUCUGAAGGACAGAAUGAUUAAUUGAAAGCUAAUCUAAGCUUGAAACAGUGGAAAACCUUUUCUACAUGCUAGGAAAGAGCAGAAUAUUGCUUUUGAAAUGUUUUGGUUUUUACAUUGGUAGCCUGCUUACCAACAUUAAGGGUUUUGAUUAAAAAACCUCAAUUAUGAAGGAGUUUCUUGAUCCAGUUAUUUAUCUUUUGAUUUCCUUUUUUUGCUAAUACGAGUUAAGAACACUUAUAGCCUAAGCUUCAGGUAUUGUAUGCAUUACAGAAUGGUACGUGCUUCAUGUAGUCUUUGUAUGUUUGUUGUAUAACUUUUUAUGUAAUUUCUAUUGCACUGUGACUGUCAUUCAUAAUAAACACUGAAAAU